UAUCUAUUACAACAAGUGGACGGAGGCUUAGGAACGAUGUUGAUGAAGGUGGCCUUAUUUGCUCUGGUACAAGGUUUGGUGUAUCUCAUCCUCUCGAAAUCGUCGAAGGUUUUCUCUACAUCGAAUUCGUUGAGAAAGGCUUACAGUUUCCGGCCGAUGAGGUCCGUCAGCAUCCGCCGGAUUCUGGCGUCACUUCAGGAUAUUCCUGCUGGCGACGAUAUGUCUCCUUCAUCUAACGGCUCUUCUUCUUCUCUUACUUCUCCUUCUUCGCAAGAUGAGGCGGCAACAACAACUACAUCACCAUCUUAGGGAUAUAGAUAUAUACACAAACGGCAUUAUUGAUUAUUUAUUUUAUUUUAUUUUAGAUUGUUUCGUUAAAUUGAUGUAAGAUUGAUUAUCUAUAUGUAGUCGUAGAUAUAUAUAUGUAUAGUUGGUUUAGAUGUUGAAUAGUAGUAUCGUAUGUACAGUUCAAAAAGGUUUAUUAUAAUCUUUGAGUAAUCAUUUUUUUUAUUAAACUAAAAUAAUGGGUGAUUUGCAAAUA